AUGGCGUUCUCUUCCUGUCUCAAAUUCUAUCCAUUUUCCAUCUCCCAAGCCGUAACUCUAACCCACCAGUCAUUCUCUCUCAAGCUCACUCGUCCUUCUUCAUCAAUCUCCUUCGCUUCGACUCACUCCGCCGCUCUCUCCUCCCCUGACGCCAAGCUUCUCGACUCCCUCCGUAGCCAGCCCGACGAUUCCGCCGCUCUCCGUCUCUUCGAUUCGGCCUCGAAGAAACCCAAUUUCUCCCCUGAACCUUCUCUCUACGAGGAGAUCCUCCUCCGGCUAGGCCGGUCCGGUUCGUUCGAUGAAAUGAAGAAGAUUCUGGAGGACAUGAAGAUCUCCGGCUGCGAAAUGGGUACUUCCCCUUUCUUAAUUUUGAUCGAGAGCUACGCUCGAUUCGAAUUGCACGAUGAGAUUCUAGUUUCCGUUCAUUGGAUGAUUGACGAAUUCGGGUUAAAACCCGAUACCCGUUUCUACAACCGGAUGCUGAAUCUACUCGUCGACGGGAACAAUCUGAAACUCGUCGAAAUCGCACACGCGGAGAUGACUGUCUGGGGGAUUAAACCAGACGUCUCGACGUUUAACGUUCUCAUCAAAGCUCUGUGUAAAGCUCACCAGCUUAGACCCGCGAUUUUGAUGAUGGAGGAUAUGCAGAGCUACGAUCUGGCUCCUGACGAGAAGACAUUCACAACGAUCAUGCAAGGAUACAUCGAAGAAGGUGACUUGGAUGGAGCUUUGAGAAUCAGGGAACAGAUGGUUGAGUUUGGUUGUUCAUGGUCUAACGUGAGUGUGAAUGUGAUUGUUCAUGGCUUCUGCAAAGAAGGGAGAGUAGAAGAAGCUCUCAAUUUCAUCCAGGAGAUGUCGAAUCAAGGAAGCUUUUUCCCUGAUCAGUACACGUUCAACACUUUGGUUAACGGUUUGUGUAAAGCAGGGCAUGUGAAGCACGCUAUUGAGAUUAUGGAUGUGAUGCUUCAAGAAGGGUACGAUCCAGAUGUGUACACUUACAACUCGGUGAUCUCGGGGUUGUGUAAGCUUGGUGAAGUGAAAGAAGCUGUUGAGGUUCUUGAUCAGAUGAUCAGUAGAGAUUGUUCUCCAAACACCGUCACUUACAACACUUUGAUAAGCACAUUGUGCAAGGAGAAUCAGGUUGAGGAAGCUACAGAGCUUGCUCGUGUCCUCACCAGCAAAGGGAUUCUUCCUGACGUUUGUACGUUUAACUCUUUAAUCCAAGGUUUGUGUUUGACUAGGAACCACAGGGUUGCGAUGGAGCUGUUCGAUGAGAUGAGGAGUAAAGGAUGUGAGCCUGACGAGUUCACAUACAACAUGCUGAUUGAUAGCUUAUGCUCCAAAGGGAAGCUGAACGAAGCGUUAAACAUGCUGAAGCAAAUGGAAUCGAGUGGCUGUGCGCGGAGUGUGAUCACUUACAACACUUUGAUCGAUGGGUUUUGCAAAGCCAACAAGAUUAGAGAAGCGGAGGAGAUAUUCGAUGAGAUGGAAGUACACGGUGUUUCGAGAAACUCUGUGACCUACAACACGCUCAUCGACGGGCUUUGCAAGAGCAGGAGAGUGGAAGACGCGGCUCAGCUCAUGGAUCAGAUGAUAAUGGAAGGACUGAAGCCUGACAAGUUCACUUACAACUCGCUUCUAACACAUUUCUGCAGAGGAGGUGAUAUAAAGAGAGCUGCGGAUAUCGUGCAAGCUAUGACCUCGAACGGGUGCGAGCCAGACAUUGUGACGUACGGAACUUUGAUUAGUGGAUUGUGUAAAGCUGGGAGAGUUGAAGUUGCGAGUAAGCUUUUGAGGUCGAUUCAGAUGAAAGGGAUUGUUUUGACGCCGCACGCUUAUAACCCUGUGAUUCAAGCCUUGUUUAGAAAGAGGAAAACAACGGAAGCUGUAAAUUUGUUUAGAGAAAUGCUUGAGAAGAGUGAAUCAGGACCAGAUGCGGUUUCUUACAGAAUCGUGUUCCGUGGGCUGUGUAAUGGAGGCGGACCGAUUCGUGAAGCAGUGGACUUUCUUGUUGAGCUGUUGGAGAAAGGGUUUGUGCCUGAGUUUUCUUCUUUGUAUAUGUUGGCUGAAGGUCUUCUCACUUUGUCAAUGGAGGAGACGCUGGUGAAGUUAGUGAACAUGGUGAUGCAGAAAGCGAAAUUCUCGGAGGAAGAAAUUUCAAUGGUGAAAGGUUUGCUUAAGAUUAGGAAGUUUCAAGACGCUCUUGCCACUUUAGGCGGCGUCUUGGACACUCGCCAGCCGAGGAGAACUUACCGGUCAAGAUAA